AUGUCACAUAAGCAAAAUAUUCGUUCAUUAGUUUUAAUAAAGCAUAUAAAGAAAAAAGAACCUCGUCAUGAUUUACCAUUACAUAAAAUUCCUGAACUUCUUGCUAAAAUAACUUUAAUAGUGUCGUCCAAUACAAAACAAUUAUCGACAUCAAUUGAUUGUUAUGAACAAUUAUUUAAACAUUAUUCAGAUAAUAAUCAUUGA